AUGGGACCUUUCAAUGCGAAGAAAGUAGACCUUCUUCUUGGGAACGCGUGUCCAAUAACUGUAGACGUUCCGGGUACGAGUUUCUUCAAAAUCCAAACACCUGAACCCUUGCACAUAAUGAACGAAAAAUGUGCCAAGAAACCAUCGGAACUGCUGGGAGAGUGCGAAACCAAAAAAGAAGUUCCCAAUUGUGACGAAGUGGUCCGUGAGGGUGUUGAGCAAUUUUGCAAAGAACAUAAUACUUCACCAGCUUGUGAUUGGCUGGCAACAACCACUACUGAAAGCUCCAAAACUCUCUUCAUCAUAAUUGGAGCUGUUGUCGGAGGUGUUCUCAUCCUCGCCAUUGCAAUUGGUCUCUUCUUCUACUGUCGUAGUAAGAAAAAUAAGCUAGCUGGAAAGAAAGGUCAAGGUACUACUGGUGCAACAGAUGGUGGCACAACUGAAAGUGGCACAGCUCAACCGUCUGGAAUGACUUCUACUCCUUCUGGCGUCCAACCUGGGAAGCCAAAUACGAUUUGA